GGGGCAGGGUACACGGGGGAAGAGGGAGCUCAGUCACCAGCUUUGAUGGCUGACUCAUUUCGGCACCGAACGUGGGUUUCAAACUCAAGCACCGAGACGCUAAGACGGUAUUGUUGAGGUUGCACUUUCGCAUAAAGCGCGAGAGAAAGCUGGUCACUGAUCAGAUCACUUUCCAUUAACGCACUGCUCAGUCGGGUCACACCACACGUCACCACAUGGAGCCUGAUGGGCACGCUUUGCGGCCACGUACAGUACGCUUCCCGCUCGCAUAACAGGAAGAAAACCAGAAACGGAGAGCUGUGCGUAAUGGAUGGGGGGCAGGGGGUUUCCACUGUACAGGAAGAGAGGGGGAAAGAAGUGGGCGAGAACCAACGUGCAGAGGUACAAAGGAAACGGUUGCUCUGAUAACUACAGAGAUACACAGAGCUGUGCGGAAGGCGGUCGAGAAACGGCCCGAAGACGGAGAGUCACUCUGGGCAACGACGACGAAAACCGAGAAGGUCGGGGAGCACCGGAGAGAACCAACAAACCAAUGAGCUUCGGAAACCGACGCACGAUAAGCCGCAAAGGAGAGAAAGUGAAAUAAUUCGACAAGGGGGACGGACGGAGAGACCCUUUCGGACAAGAGCAUCCGCCAUAUAACUGGGGAAGAGGAAGGGAAGAGAAUGAGGCGGAAUAAACGAGACAAUCAGUGUGGUGCUCACAAAUUCCUGGGUUCAAAGAUGGAAUGCUGUGAUGUUUGCCCUAAAGGAAAGUACAUGGAGUCAGAGUGUCAAGGGUCAGCAAAAACUAAGUGCAGGACUUGUGAACACGAACAUUUCAUGGACAAGGCCAACUUUCUGUCAGCCUGCCUGCCUUGUACGGUCUGCCAGGAAGACCAGAAUCUCGUGACUGACACGGAAUGUAAGGCUGACCAAAACCGAAGGUGCAAGUGCAAGGAGGGCUUCUACUGUACAGACAUCGAGUGCCAUCACUGCCGCCCCGCGACUUUAUGCGGCCCUGGGUCUGGCGUCAAGGAGAAACCCACGGCAAUAAGCGACACGCAAUGUGAGAGGUGCCCCCCAGGAACUUUCAGCGAUGUGACGGACUUCCUUACGCCCUGUCUGAACCACACGAACUGUCUUGGAAAGGAAUUAGAAAAAGCAGGAACUCCAGAGGCCAAUGCACAGUGUAAAGAUACGACCAGCUGUAAGUGCAUCCUAUCUAUAAGUCUUGGGGUAGGCUUUGCUGUCAUCCUCAUCGUCAUUUUGGCCACAAUUUUUUUUUUCUAUUGGAGGACCAGGCGUCAUUCAAAGAUGACAGUAAAGCUUUUGCAAGUGAAGCCAGAGCCCUUACCCCUGGCACAUCCCGACACCGAGCUCCAGUACCCUACGCUGUGCCAUGAUGAAAAGUACAGCCAGAACCAUUGUUCCUCUGCAGUUCCCAUCGGUCACUGCAUGGAGAUGUCUGAUAUAGAGUGUGACUGCGUGGCCAUGUCAACGCUGGGACUGACGCAAGACCUCGACAAGUCAGUUGUCGGAGGAGGUGCAACAGGGAAUCACGACUCCUCGUCUCGGUACCAAUCGGAACCUCAAGAAAACGAAUGGUCUGAGACAUGACUGAAAGCAGAGGAACUCUGUGAUUUAAUGAAAUAUUGUAUAUUUGAAAAUAAAGGUGUAUUCGGAACUUCUGUUUUCCUUGGCCCCAUCUAUUUUUAUAAUGGUUGUUGUUUUUUUUUUCGUUUAGGGGCAAAGACAUCGAAACAACUAAGUUACAACAACUGCCCACCGUUUAGACAUUUGGGAAGGUGGUCAAAGCAGGUUAACCUUCGUAAAGCUUGAUUACAAUAUCUCAAAUUAACUCUUCUUUGCUUUUUAGAUAUGCUUAUUUGUAACAUCAAUUAGCCAACUACGCAGUGGGUUGGACCAUGGUCCUGCUUUCCAGUGGGUCUGGGGUUCGAGUCC